AUGAAUAAAAGCUUUUCCUCGCUCGCAACGUUAUCACAAAACUCUUCGAAUUUUUCGAAAAAUUUGCCAAGAAAGUUCUCUUCUAUUGAAGACUGUCCUUUAUCAAAUCCAAAUAUUGGGAUUAUUUCUGAAAACGACCAUAAAAACCACCAAUGCAUUUGCGAAUUAUGCUCAUGCGGCACUCAUAAAUGUCCAGCAAAGCUGAACGAUCCUUAUCCCAUCUCCAUGUAUCGAUCUCAAUAUAAAAACGAAUUUAUUAAAGGCCAAUGCGCUAAAACCUCUCCAAUAAGAUCUGCUGAAAACACUUAUAGUCAUUAUCCAAUUACAUAUGAAACUACAAAUGAAAAGGAUUUCAAGCCAAUUUGUAAAAAUCCUCCAAAAGUCAGUUCAAAGGGCUACCCAACGCCGCCUCCUCAGUCUAAUAUUUUUGCGCAAACUUCUUAUUCUUCAAGUUACCUCAAUUGAGGCACUAAUAACCCUUAUUAUGUAAAACAGUCAAGAGUUCAGCACAAUGAUGAGAGACUAAGGCUAAGCUCAUCAACAUCUUAUAAGGAUUCUUUUAAACCAGCAAAUUCUAAUGAACUUCUUGCAGCUCAGCAAAAAAACAAAGAAAUUAAAAAUUUAAUUUCAAUGAAAACAUUAAAAGAGAGAGAAAUUUUGAUAAGAGAAAGUGAGUCUAAAAAGGAAUUUAAAGAUUUUUCAAAGUCAUCUAUUAUAGAUAAAGCUACAAAACCUGAUGAAAGCUUGCUGAAGCAGAAAAUAACGGAUAAUCACUUUAUGAGCACGGUUAAGAAAGAUUUUUAUAGGACUCAAACCCCUAUUGAUUUUAGGAAAAUUCGAAGGCAAAUUAAUUUGAAAUUAGAUAAGCGCUAA